AUGUUCAAGAUGAAAGCUCUUAUUGCUUUACUGGCUUUCACAGUCAGCUCGUUUGCGGCUAGUAGAACCUCUCCACCUGCUGGUGCUCUUGUUGUCGGUCCGGGCAAUUACUCAACGGUGCAAGCAGCUGUCAAUGCCCUCAAAUCAACGACACAAGAACAAAUCAUUUUCAUCAACCCCGGCACCUACAAUGAGCAAGUCACUAUUAAUAAGCUCAGCGGACCACUCACCAUCUAUGGCUAUACUCAAAAUACAGCAUCCUACGCCUCCAACGUGGUUACAAUAACUGCAUCCCACAGCUUACAGGACGAAGCUACCGAUGAUGCAACCGGAACACUAAGAGUAGAAACAACCAACUUCAAGUUAUACAACGUCAAUAUUGUCAACUCACAUGGCAGCGGCUCACAGGCUUUGGCCGUAUCUGCAAAUGCUGGGAAUCAAGGCUAUUAUGCCUGCUCCUUCAAAGGUUUUCAAGAUACCUUGCUCGCAGAAACCGGCGCCCAGCUCUAUUCGGCCUGCUACAUUGAAGGCGCUACCGAUUUCAUCUUUGGCCAGCAAGCCACUGCCUGGUUCCAGAAGUGCACGAUCGCAGUGCUCCCUACUUCCAUCGGCUAUAUCUCCGCAUCUGGGCGCUCAUCGAACUCGUCCAGUUAUUAUGUCUUCAACGGGGCCACCAUUGGGGCAGCUCCGGGUAAAAGCGUCUCCAGCGGGGUGUACUACCUUGGUCGGCCAUGGGGGGAUUAUGCCCGAGUUGCAUACCAGUCUUGCUCCAUGAGCAAUGUCAUUAACAGUGCCGGUUGGCAUAUCUGGAACACGGGCGAUGAGCGGACUGAUCAUGUCUCCUUUGGCGAAUAUUCAAACUCGGGAGCCGGGGCGUCGGGGACAAGGGCGUCGUUUGCCACGAAACUAGGCAGUGCCUUGGCAAUUGGAAACAUUCUGGGUAGCAGUUACGCUUCGCAGUACUACGUAGAUACCUCGUAUCUUUGA